AUGAUGCGCACUGCUGAUUUCCACUCGUCUUCCUCCGCUGACUGGAGUACAACAAUGACUCCCGGUGAAGUUUCGCUCAGUCAUUAUUCCAUGGCGCAAGAGCCUUCCAAUGAUUUUGUCCUUGGUUCGUGGCAGGUGGAACAACACUCGGCGGGCAGUGAGAAUGGGAGCUCCUUGCCCAGUUAUGACGACGACGAUUUAAUGGUGGUGGAUAGUAUUAACAUGGACUUUGACGAUCAUUUGGAAGAUGAUUAUCCUCCCACUCCACCGGCUGAUCGUCUGUUUUUGGAAGAAGCAUUGGAAGAUACGCUAUUGGGGGAUGGUAGCGACCACGAGGAUGAUUCCUCCUUUUUCACUACUCAUAGUCAACCACUGAUGGUAACGGCUCCUGCCACUUCCACCAGUUUUUUACCGUAUGAUCAGAGGUAUCAGGCUACCCUGGAUAAACUCGCCGAGAGCAUGAAAAAAUCACAAGAAACGAGAAAAUCACUUCGCAUCAAGACCUGCGAAACCAUGGAGUACUCACGCUGGAAUACCGUUUCGGGAACACUCACUUCCAUUGAAAAAUCUACCCAGCAGCUCCAACAAUACUUGAAGAACAAGAAACCCGCUACUGCUCAGCAAGUUCUCUGA